CUCUCACCCAGGACAGGACACCUUUGCUGCACACAUUUUCCCCAGACCCUGAACACCUUUAACCCCUGUCAAUUUGCCAUCACCUCUGUUUUGGACAGCCAAGGGUCCUCAUCACUCUUCAGACAUCACUACCACUUGUACCAAUCUCACUAAAGCAAUGUCAGGCUCUAGUUCGCUUCACUAGUGUUAAUUAGAAGCUAGAGCCACCACCAUCUCCAGUUACAAUGAGUUCUGGCGCCUCUGCCACCAAACCACAACCACCACCACCUCCAUCACCACCACCAGCCACUGAGUCUUCCCUUGAUGGCUUGCAAUUUGGGCAAAAAAUAUACUUUGAGGAUGCUGCGGAGGGUCUUGCUGCAGCUCAGGCUAAACCGAAGAAGGGAAGGGGUGGUGGUGCUGCGGCGGCUCAGCCACUUCGGUGCCAGGUUGAGGGUUGCAAUGCAGAUCUGCGUGAUGCGAAGGCUUACUAUUCCAGGCACAAGGUGUGUGACAUGCACUCAAAAUCCCCUUCUGUCAUUGUCGCUGGUUUGGACCAAAGGUUUUGCCAACAAUGUAGCAGAUUUCAUCAGCUUCCUGAAUUUGAUCAAGGAAAACGAAGUUGCCGCAGGAGACUCGCUAACCAUAACGAGCGUAGGAGGAAGCCACCAACAGGCUCCUUGUUAACUUCACGUUAUGCCAGACUUUCUUCACCUAUUUUCGGUAACAAUGGCAGAGGUGGUGGCUUUGUGAAGGACUUUGCUCCACAUCCAAAGCUUACUCUGGGAAAUGCAUUACCAUGUGAGCCAGUUCCUGGCAUUCAAACCAUAACACUUCCCUGGCAAGCCAACUCACAGGCACCCUCUGAUUUUUUCCUGCAAGACUCAGUGGGUGGGACAAGUUUCCUUGGUCCAAGACACCUUCCAGUGGAAGGUUACAGUACUCAAGUCACAGAUUCAAGCUGUGCUCUCUCUCUUCUGUCAAAUCAAACAUGGGGUUCCAAAAACACUACACCUAGUGUUGAGCUAAACAACUUGCUGAAUUUCAAUGGGACACUCAUGACACAACUUGCUACUGCAUCUUCUCAUCAAGUUGCAGGCAUCCAUCAUCUUCCAAACUCGUCGUGGUACUUCAAGGGUGUUGAUUCGGGUAAUUGCUCACCGAACGAGUUUGUCCCUGAUCUUGGUCUUGGUCCUGGGGAGCUUGAUGUGGGGAAGUCCGGAGCCUGUGAUUCUCCUCACUGGUCACUUUAAAACUGUUCUUUGUUGCAAUGUAUGCAGCAAUAUCAUGUAGCGCGAAAAAUGAGUUGAAUUUGAUCUAUUACCAGAGUGUUACUAGUGCUUUUUCUGGUUUCUUAAAUUGCAAGCAAGGCAGGUAUCCCUUCCUUCGGUUGUGGAACUUGCAGACAUUCAUAGUUUGGUUUGUUUGAACUUAUUAUAAGCCAGGUAGCUGGCUAGCUGUGUUUGUUUUGUGGAACUAUUUUGGUCCAUUUGAACGUAGAAGCAAGGUGGUUAAACCUUGUUUCAUUUUGUUACUCUUGCAGACAUGAACGAUCUAAGGGUGGGUAUGUGAAUUAUUGAUGCUUUUUUAGUAUGUAUUAGUCUGGUUUCCACUGAAUCUGUACCCUAUAUAUCUUGGCUAUUGCUGUGUGAUUUUAGAAUUACUGAUGAAUCUGCUAGCUGGUUCCCCUAACCCAGCCAGUCUUACAAUCAUGGUGUAUUUGGUUAAGCAGAGGGGACUGUUGUGGCGUGAGGGAGUGUCCUCUCAGUCUUCACUGUUACAGCGGAGUGUUAUAGCAGAGAGGGGCAUGCAUGAAUCUUUUUAUAACUGUUAAAACGUUGUGUUUUCGACUAACUUUUGUUUGCAGAUUCUUAUUGUGUAGGUUGAGAUUUGGAAAAGAGUGGACGGUUAAGCAGUUGGUGUUCAGGAAUAAUCUAGAGCCACAGGGGAAGCUUGAAGACCAUGAAUUAAGUUUGAUUGUCAGCAUCCACGUGUCCAUCUUAGAAAACUUUAGCUUGCCUAUAUAUACGUUGUUUUUCAAAUGUAAAAAGGGGGUAGCAUUUAAUUAUUCAGAAAUAACAUACGUGCUUCAUAUGUCCAAGUAACCGAGACUAGAAAAAGUAGUGUUG